AUGUCCGCGACUACAAGACGCGACGAUCCCUUCAAGCCCGCCGCACGAGUCGCCGGUCAGAAGCAGGAUGUCUGGUCCAUCGUCAACGAAGCCGCCGCCGCAUCCCCUGUGCAGCCCAUCGUCAACAUGGGCCAAGGUUUCUUUGGCUACAACCCACCCAAGUUCGUCCUCGAUGCCGCGAAAUCCGCUCUGGACAAGGUAGAAUGCAAUCAGUACUCGCCGACCAAGGGCCGCCCGCGGUUGAAGAAGGCCAUAGCGGACGCAUACUCGCCGUUCUUUGGGCGGACGCUGGACCCUGAGAAGGAAGUCACUAUUACGACGGGCGCAAACGAGGGCAUGUUGAGUGCAUUCAUGGCAUUUCUAGAGCAAGGCGACGAGGUCAUCGUAUUUGAGCCCUUUUUCGAUCAGUACAUAUCGAACAUUGAGAUGCCAGGAGGGAAGAUUGUCUACGUGCCCAUGCACCCGCCAAAGGAAGGCGCAACCAAGACGACGUCCGCGGCAGAAUGGACCAUUGACAUUGCGGAAUUCGAGAAAGCAAUCACCCCCAAAACCCGCAUGAUCGUUCUCAACAGCCCGCACAACCCCAUCGGCAAAGUCUUCUCCAAGGACGAGCUCAAGGCUAUCACAGAUAUAUGCGUAAAGCACAAUAUCAUCAUCCUCUCAGACGAAGUAUAUGACCGCCUAUACUAUGUCCCCUUCACGCGCGUCGCAACCAUCUCCCCUGAGGUCGAAAAACUCACCCUCACCGUGGGCUCCGGCGGCAAGAACUUCUACGCGACCGGCUGGCGCGUAGGUUGGCUGAUCGGGCCCGAGCACCUCAUCAAGUACGUCUCCGCCGCGCACACGCGCAUAUGCUACUCCUCCGUCUCGCCGCUCCAGGAAGCAACCGCCAUCGGUUUCGAGCAGGCCGACGCGCACAACUUCUGGGAGGAAUCGAAGCGCGAGAUGAAGGGCAAGAUGGACAAGUUCAACACCAUCUGGGACGAGCUGGGCCUGCCGUACUCGGAUCCUGAAGGCGGGUACUUCGUCUUGGUAAACAUGUCGAAAGUGAGAUUACCAGAGGACUACGACUUCCCGCCGCACGUUGCGGAGCGGCCACGGGAUUUCAAGUUAUCAUGGUUUUUGAUCAAAGAAGUCGGCGUCGCAGCUAUCCCGCCGACGGAAUUUUUCACACCAGGGAACGCACACAUUGUAGAAGAUUGGUUGCGAUUUGCCGUCUGCAAAAAUGACGAUGUGCUCGAAACAGCGCAGGAACGGUUGAGGGGUCUGAAGAAAUAUAUUCAGUAG